AUGCCCGACUGUUGCUUCCUGCAGGACUGCUGCAUCGUGCCCGACUGGUGCUUCAUGCAGGACUGCUGCUUUGUGCCCAACAGCUACUUCGUGCGGGACUGCUGCUUCGUGCCAGACCCUUGCUUCGCGCAGGACUGCUGCUCCGUGCCUGACUGCUGCUUCGUGCGGGACUGCUGCUCUAUGCCUGACUGCUGCUUCGUGCGGGACUGGUGCUUCGUGCUCGAGUGCUGCUUCGUGCGGGACUGCUGCUUCAUACCAGACUGUUGUUUCGUGUGGGACUGCUGCUUCGUGCACAACUGCUGCUUCGUGUGGGACUGCUGCUCCAUGCCUGACUGCUCCUUCAAGCGGGACUGCUACUUCAUGCCCAACUGCUGCUUCGUGCGGGACUGCUGCUUCAUGCCCGACUGUUACUACAUGCGGGACUGCUGCUUCGUGCCCGACUGCUGGUUCAUGCGGGACUGCUGCUUCGUGCGGGACUGCUGCUUCGUGCCCAACUGCUACUUAGUACGGGACUGGUGCUUCGUGCCCGACUGUUGCUUCGUGUGGGACUGCCGGUCCGUGAUCGACUGCUGCUCCCCACCCGACUGCUGCUUCGUGCGGGACUGCUGCGUCGUGCCCGACUGCUGCUUCGUGCGGGACAGCUGCCUCGUGCCGGACUGCUGCUUCGUGCGGGACUGCUGCUUCGUGCCCGACUGUUGCUUCGUGCGGGACAGCUGCUUCGUGCCCGACUGCUGCUACGUGCAAGACUGCUGCUUCGUGCCCGACUGCUGCUUCGUGCGGGACUGCUGCUACGUGCCGGACUGCUGCUUGGUGUGGGACUGCUGCUCCAUGCCCGACUGCUGCUUCGUGCGGGACUGCUGCUCUGUGCCCGACUGCUGCUUCAUGCGAGACUGCUGCACCGUGCGGGACUGCUUCUUUGUGCGGGACGGCUGUUUUGUGCCCGACUUCUGCUUCAUGCGGGACUGCUGCUUCGUGCCCGACUGUUGUCCCGUCCGGGACUGCUGCUUCGUGCGGGACGUCUGUUUCGUGCCCGACUGCUGA